AUGCGACGCCGCCAGCCGCCUACGGCGUGGCGGGACAGUUGCGUCAGCUUGUCGUCUGACGAGGAAGAAGAGGACGCCGUGGUCGCAGACGGACAGGGCGUGUGGGACCAUGCGUUCUGCGUCGUGUGCAACUGCCUCAUUGAAUCAGAUCAAGCGUCGGGCCCCGACGAGGCGGACAGGGCGGUGGAAGAGCACGACGAAGUGUGGGAAGCCGCGGCCCUGUCGUCUUUGCGACGACAUCGCCUGCGCAAGCACAAGGCGCACACGCCGCGCGUGUCCCCGGCUACCGCGCCGCUGUUCUGCUCAGAAGCGUGCCGGCAGCUUGACCAGCAGCGCAGCGAGGGACUGCGCGAGUUUCUGCACUAUGUGUCGCGCACGCCAUCGCGCGCUGCAAAGGCCGCGUCGCUGGCACCGACGACCUCGCCGCCCUCGUCGCCUGACCUGCUCGACGCGCACACACACACGUCCCCGUCCCUGGCCACGUCGCUCUCACGCGCCGAGUACCACACUCGGCGCCAGGCGUACGACGACACCGACGACGACGCGCCGCUCUCGGCCCUGCCCGGCCCCUUGCAGGCCGCUGCGUCGCGCUCGCUGGACACGCCCUCGAAUCUGACGCGGUCGCGCGUCGCCAUGGUCCACGCCACACCGCGACGACGGCCGUGCACCGAGACGUCGUCCCCGCCAAAGAGCGUCGUGCUCGACAGCGCGCCACCCACACCGCCUCCUCGUCUCUCACGCUCUGUACAUGCCGCCUCGCCCCUCGAUCUCAUGACCCCCGUCCGCCCCCAUCCCGUGCCCCCAACGUCGGCUACGCACGCGCCUGUGUCGCUACCCGCUACGACGCACGUCCCUGCCUCUUCCUCGCGCCCCACGCAGCGCCUCUCGGCCAAGGCGCCCGCGACGGUCGCGACGGCUACCGUGCAUGCCGCCACCGCGCAUGCCCCUUCAUCGUUGAGCGGCGGCGGCGGCAGCCACGAUCCCGCGCCGCUGCGCCGCGCGACGUACCACGACCGGCGCGCUCGGCCGCCGCUCCUCGCACCGACUCGAUCGCGCGCACACCCCAUGGACGCCGUACGGCGUCCGUCGCCGGCCCGCAGCAAGCGGGCGUCGUCCGGCUCACGAUCGCCGUACGCCUCUACCAGUCUGCCCAGCACGAGUCCCCGACGGCCCGGACUGGGAUGGAGUGCUCUCCCGCCUCCGAGGGAUGACGACGAGCCACGCACGCGGACAUGGAGCCAGGACGUCGCCGCAAAGGGCACGCCGAUGUACCCGAUCCUACAACUCCCUCACGACGACGUCAUCCACGACAAGUACAGCCAGUACUGGCCCGCGCCGCCUCAGGCACCUUCCCUGCCCUCAGGCUCGCUGCCGCGUGGGAGGCAUCGAAAGAGCUUGUUCCACUUUGCUACAUAG